CAGGCACUUGAAGUGAGUCGGCAGCUGCCUGAAAAUACUUGGAAUUGUUUGUGGAGAGGACGACAUAAACAACUUUCGCUUUCAGCGGACCCCAAAAAAUGGGUUACAAGGGCAACUUUCCGCAGAUGAUGCGAGAGGCGGGCUUUAAGCUGCGCCAGUACCGGGACGGGCCUUUGGAUUGGCGACUAAUGGGUUCCUAUGAAACGGAUCGAAUUCUGCGUGAACAGAACUUGGAAGUGGUGGACGAUGCACUGCAGCAUUUAUCCGAGGCACCACUGGGCACAGUGCUGGAGACACGCAUUCUAGACGGCGGCAUAGCCAAGUACUUUGUAAUGUCGCAAUAUGCCAUCCAGUAUCUACUUUGCUGUCGCACCUACCUAGAUGAGAGCGUCGGAGAGCUGCGCGAGGCGCACGAAACGGCCCAACAGGAAAUUGCCAAGCUACGCAAAUCGCUCAGCGAGUCGAACAACGAGGUGGUGCAGCUGCACAAGAGGAUCACCCAAAUCGAGACCAUACGCGAGGUAGUCUUUCCCUGUCACCUGUGCACCAAAAAUUUCAUAAGCAACGAGGCUCUCAAUAUACACAUUGGCCGAAAGCAUCGGGUAGGCACACCCACCACCAGCCUGGCUGGCGGUGUUUCUGCGAAGGACAAGGACAACGACAUGCAGCUAAUAAAUGCCAUAAAAAUGGAACUGGAGAUCAAGCAGCUGAAGGAGCGCCUCAAUGCAGCCGAGCGCAACAUAAAGGAGCGCAGUGGCAGCUCUAAGCUCCUUGCUAGCCCACGUCGGGAUCAGGCAACAGCUACGAUGAGCAUGCGUAAUGUGGGCAUUCAAAGCAAUUUGGCGGACUAUAAGGAAAAGGAUGAGCUCAGCAGUGAGGCGCUGAACUCUGAGGCUGGUGAGCGCAAGGAGCAGCUCCAUGGCCUGGCCGAACGUCUCAGUAACUUUGAGGCGUGGCAGACGCAGCUCAAGCAGAGCAACGAGGAAUUUAUCAGGGACAUUAACCAAAAGCUCACAGACCUAAGCCUGGCAAUGGAGCAGACCAAGCAAGAUGCAGAAGCAAAAGUCACGACUGUAACGCCAGUACCUGCCGAGGAGCGUGUGGCCACCCCUUCCCUGGAGGAUUUGGAGCGCAUACUCACCGAUAAAGUGGCCGAAAUAGGCAAAGUCAGCGCUACUAAGCUGGAGGAGGUGGUGCGGCACCUGGAAAUGGGCUACAAAGAGAAACUUGAAGCACUGGAGCGCGACCUGAAAAGUCUGAGCCAACAGAAGGAGCCCGCCAUUGUAGUGCAGCCACCAGCAAACCCAUCGAAAAUACCCAAGCCCAAACCAUUGCCGAAAAAAGAGGAAAGCAUGGAGCGUAUUAAACGGAAGGUGGAAACGGAGUUUCUCAAAACAAAACGUGAUGAUGACACCUAUUCCAUAGAAGAGCCACCAGUUCAGUCGACGCAGCAGCAGGGGCAGCAGAAGCAGCAUGCGGUGACCCAUGUGCAAGAGCAGCCCAGUGGCAACAGCUCGGGUAGCCAUCCGACCUACACAAAGCCUACAGCUGAGCCUUUUAGAAACGAACCAGAGCCCAAGCCCAGCACUAGCCAGACCGAGACGCAGGAAACCACCGACAUAAGCGAAAGCCUCGCCGAAGAGGAGAGCGUCAGCGAUGAAGGCAGUGAGCUUUUGACUUCCGAGCCGGAAAGAAAAGUGUUCAUGUCGCCAAAAAGCAAAGCUACCCAAAAAGCAAGAGUUCCGCCAAAGCCGCCGAAGCCGUUGACGCGCAAGGAUGCUCGCAAGCUGGUUAACCUCAAGCUAAAUCCGCAUGGAUUUAAUAUGAAAACAAAGGGUUUAUCCAACACAUCGCUGAAGCGUGUCAGCGCCGAGCUAGCACAGCACCGUAAUAGGCUGAAAUUGGACUAUCCUCAUUUCUAUACCACGCGCAAUCGCAUACGCAUAUUCGUGGAAAAGCUUUGCUCCGCCAAGAUGCCAGAGCGUGCUCAGGUUCUGUUGAAAACCAAGACGCCGCUGCAGCCAAUGGAUGUGCCCAAACGUCGAACCGGCUUGCUAGCAACCACAGACGAUGAUGACGAGGAAAAUGAUGCUAGUGAACGGACAUCAGUAUCACAGGAGGAUGAGGAUGUGGAUGAGGCGUCAACUACAAGCUCCAAGCCACAGAGACAAGAGCAACAUUUAAAUUUCAAGGCUCAAUUAGAGCAAAUGCUGGCCAAGCCUGUGGCUCAAGUAAUUGCCAAGCCCAAGCUUGGCCAAACGCAACAAGCAAAACCUAUGCCGCUUCCCCGUAAGCGCGUUAUGUUCAAUACGCUGGGCAGCGGCAAAAGUAUUGAUACCAAUGAAGAAUAA